AUGAGUCGAAAAGAGCCUACAAGAAAUACAGAUGCGGCAGCUGGUGUUGCGACGAAUCGAAAAGGUCCACCUAUCAUCUCUGCUCCGGUGAUUGUCGGUGAACAUCGGCUUUUUGGUGGAAAAAUGACUGAUGAACGAAUUUGUCUCGCGAAUGCAGUUACUGGUCAAGUU